AUGGACGACUAUUUGGUGAGCGGCACAAGCGUCAAGGAGAUGCAAGAGCGAGUACGCUACGUGAUUCGGAUAAACGGGGAAGCGAAUUUCCAAAUGCAUGGGUGGGCGACUAACCACGCCGAAAUUAUGAAAAGCGUUAGCGCCGAAAGUAAGCUAAGUCGCGAGCACAAAGCAAAGUUGUACAACGAAGAGGAAUGCGUCCUAGGGCUUUAUUGGGAUAUAGAAAGCAAUACUUUGAGAUUUAACGUAGGGUUAUCGAAAAUUAGGCAUAACAUCGCCACCGGCGCCAUUAAACCAACCAAACGCAGCGUGAUGUCGGUGUAUGAUCCUCUCGGAAUCCUUUCGCCGUUUCUUGUUUCUGUAAAAAUAAUUAUGCAAAACAUCUGGCAAAGCGGGGUCGGAUGGGAUGCAAAAAUCAGAGACGACGAAUUUGCCGCGUGGAAAAUUUGGUUACGAAACCUGCAGGAGGUUAAGAAAUGCGCGAUCCCUAGAAGCUUGUACGGUAACGCGCGAAAACAAGAUACCCAGCUACACAUCUUCUGCGACACGAGUUUACAAGCGUAUGCCUCAGCCGCUUAUCUACGAUUUGAAUCACCUGAUGGAAAAGCUUGCGUUUCAUUAGUAAUGGCAAAAACGCGAGUAGCCCCAACUGCAGUACUCAGAACGCGAUUAGCUACGAUGAUUUCCUCGGAAUUAGACAUAACCAUAGAUAAAAAGAUCUAUUGGUCAGACUCGACCACGGUCUUACAAUGGAUUCGCGCGGGGCCGCGUCUAAAACAAGCUUAUGUUAGGAAUCGCCUAAGUAAAAUCGCGGAAACUACGCAAAUUACGGAAUGGCGAUGGAUACCGACUCGACAAAACCCCGCUGAUGACGCUACGCGCCCCUCCAAAGAAGCGUUAAAAGCAACAGAUCGUUGGUUCAUAGGCCCGGACUUUCUUAGCAAACACACGGAUGAUUGGCCUAAAGAAAAGGCAUUGCAAGACGCAGAUAAACGCAAAAUCGACAAACUAGAAUCACAAAGCGAGUUUAUUGGCACAGUAACGACACGCGUGAUAGAAACGUCAGGAAGCAAGCAAAAGCUUGGAUGGUUUGGGUUGCUAGAGUUAUCGAAACGGAUGAAAGCGAUUUUGGACGAGUGGUACAAUGGCGAGCAGAUAAAAAAAAGAAAGACGCAUCGUGCGCGAUCAUCGAGCGAGAUUAGAUCAGUGUCAAACGCCGAGAAAUGGACCGACGCGGCAAAUUUUUGGUACAAGAUGAUACAGGCAGCAUGUUUCAGCGAAGAGUUAAGCGCAAUAAAGCAAGGGAAAGAACUUCGCCGAGGGAGCAAACUAGCGAGCCUACGAGCGUUUUUAGAUGAAAAUAGUAUUCUGAGAGCUGAAGGUCGCGUGAAGCAGAUCGGAGAUAGAGAAGUGACAUUUCAACCGAUAAUUUUAGACUCGCGGCACUUCGCAACAAGAUUGUUGAUCGCGUCAUUCCAUCGUCGAUUCAAACACGAUGGAAUUCUAUAUCUUUGGGCUUCGGACAAGGCUCAGAUCUCUCGCGAAAAGUUGCAUCACAUGCAGAUUGCUCCGUGGAAAACCGCAAAAUCCGAUCAUGGCAGAUUUGCCGACCUGUCGCGUAGCCUACGAGCGUAG